CUAUGUUAUCACCCUGUUGGUUGGGAGAGCACGCCAAUGGGGCACCGCUGUUUGGGACGCCCAGGACCCUUGCUGCCAUUCUUUUGAGGAGUUCCGUGAGGAGAUGGUGAAGCUCUUUGACCGUUCAGCUCGCGGAGAUGCCGCCGCUGCCCGGCUGGCCCGCCUUACGCAGGGAGCCAGCUCCGUCACUGAUUUUUCCAUCCAGUUUAAGACCUUGGCUACAGCCUGCAGCUGGAACGAGGCGGCACUCCGGGCACAAUUUCUUGAGGGUCUCUGCGACAACAUUCAGGACGAGAUCGCUACCCACGAUUUGCCCCAUACCCUUGACGGCAUCAUUGAGUUAGCAUUGAGGGUGGAGGCUCGGAUGCGGUUUCGCGAUCAUCGCCGCACACUGUGCCAUCGUGUACAUCAGAGUGAAGUCUCUCAGUCCAGUCAGAGCAGUGUUCCUUUAACUUCGGAGACUGAGCCCAUGCAGUUGGGUAGAAUGCGACUUUCGCAGAGAGAGAGAGAGCGUCGCCUCCAGAACUUCCUAUGUCUGUACUGUGGCAAACCGGGACACUUCGCUAGAUCCUGUCCGGUAAAAGGGGACCGCCCAUCGGUGAACCGGGGAGUCCUGGUGGGCGCUACUUCAAGGAAAUCCUCCCCGACUUCAUGCACUCAGCUUCCUGUCACCCUGUCCUUUGCUGGCCUCGAUCAUUCCACCACUGUGUUGCUCGACUCGGGCGCUGAGGGCAAUUUUAUCAGUGAGGAUUUGGCUCGUCAGUGCGGCAUUCCUGCUGUUCCUUUAAAGGUUCCCCUUGAUGUCUGGUCCAUUAGAGGUCAGCAGAUGGCACAGAUCACGCACUGCACUCCUUCUGUAAGUCUUUUUAUUUCUGGCAAUCAUCGUGAGGAGAUUGUGUUGUACAUACUUCAUGCCUCGCUUGCACCCAUUGUUUUAGGGCAUGCAUGGUUGGCACAACACAAUCCCCACGUUGACUGGCAACUCAAUGUCAUUUUAGCUUGGUCUCAGUCGUGUCAUGUGUCUUGUCUGGGUUCUGCUGCUUCGGGUUCUGUUUCUUCUCUCCCUCAGGUUUCGGCGGUUGAUUUGACCGGGGUCCCGGCGGAAUAUGCCGAUAUCGGUCAGGUGUUCAGUAAAGCCCGGGCCACCUCCCUUCCUCCCCACCGGUCAUACGAUUGUUCUAUUGAACUUCUCCCAGACACUUCUCCGCCUAAAGGUAGACUUUAUUCUUUGUCUGGUCCGGAGAGAGAGGCUAUGGACCGUUAUAUUAAUGAUGCCCUUCGCGCUGGUCUCAUCCGUCCCUCCACCUCUCCCGCAGGGGCGGGGUUUUUCUUUGUUAAAAAGAAGGACGGCUCCCUACGUCCCUGUAUUGAUUAUAGGGGUUUGAAUGACAUUACUGUUAAGAAUAGGUACCCUCUUCCUUUAAUGUCUUCUGCCUUUGAGCUUUUCCAGGGAGCGCGGUUCUUCACUAAGCUAGAUUUGCGCAACGCCUAUCAUUUAUUGCGCAUAAGAGAGGGCGAUGAGUGGAAGACAGCAUUUAAUACCCCUACUGGACACUUUGAGUACUGCGUUCUCCCUUUCGGGCUUUGUAACGCUCCCUCUGUCUUCCAGACUUUGGUUAAUGAUGUGCUGAGAGACAUGAUUAACAAGUUUGUCUUUGUGUACAUUGAUGAUAUUCUCAUCUUUUCUCCCUCCAUGCAGGAACACACUCAGCAUGUCCGCCGAGUCUUAUGCCGAUUGCUUGAGAACAAGUUAUAUGUGAAGGCGGAGAAGUGCGAGUUUCAUAAGAGGUCGGUUUCGUUUCUGGGUUUCGUGAUAGCCGAGGGUGAGAUACGUCCCGAUCCAGAUAAGAUCCUACCUCCCAGUUCAUUGUUGAGGUGGAUGCUUCAGAUGUCGGGGUUGGUGCCGUUCUGUCUCAGCGAUCACGUAGGGAUGGCAAGAUUUAACUUCAUCCUCUCGUACCGGCCUGGCUCUAAAAACACUAAACCUGAUGCCCUCUCUCGGUUGUUCGAGGUUUCCAGUUCUGACAGAGACAAAACCAUCCUCCCGGAGGGGAGGGUGGUGGGGGCUCUGCGCUGGGGCAUCGAACAGCGAGUGAGGGAGGCCGGACGGGAGGAGGAAGUGCCAGAGGGGUGCCCAGCGGGUCGACUUUGGGUUCCGGAAUCGCUCCGUUCCGAGGUCAUCCGGUGGGGUCACGAGUCCAAGUUAGUUUGUCAUCCUGGAGUUCGGAGAUCGCUGGCUGCCAUCCGUCAGCGAUUUUGGUGGCCCUCUAUGGGCUCCGAUGUCAGACAGUUUGUGUUAGCCUGUCAGCCCCCUCUCUUCCCAGAUCAGGAACUCGAUGCGGUGGUCCCGUCUGCGCUAGCCUUUGUUCGACGUUGCAGACGCACCUGGAGGAGGGCUAGAGAUACAUUACUUAGGACCUCCAGACGGACCAAAGCCGCGGCUGAUCGUCACCGUAGACCCGCGCCCCGUUUUAUCUGUGGGCAGAAGGUAUGGCUUUCUUCCAAGGAUCUGUCUCUCCGAGGGCCAUCUCGUAAGCUGGCACCUCGAUUCCUUGGGCCAUACAGUAUUGAAAAGGUUAUUAACCCGGUGACGGUUAAGCUCAGAUUGCCUCCUGCUCUCGGUCGGGUUCAUCCAGUUUUUCAUGUGUCUAAACUGAAGCCUGUUUUUUUUUCUCCCCUUAACCCUGUCCCUUCUGCCCCCACCCCUCCCACCCCGCAGCUUCUGGAUGGUGCCCCAGUUUUUACUGUUAAAUCCCUGUUAGAUGUGCGUCGGCGGGGCAGGGGUUUUCAGUAUUUAGUGGAUUGGGAGGGCUAUGGUCCGGAGGAGAGGUGCUGGGUACCGGCCCGGGACAUCUUGGACCCUGACCUGAUUGUGGACUUCCGUCGGAGAUGGGUUUCACACAUUCCCCGCCUGCUGUCAGUCUCUCCUGAGUGGCGUGUCUCCCAUCUAGCCGCUGUGAACACUCUGUCUGUGGAUUCUCCGAGCGCCUGUCUCCAUCUUGUGCUGUCCAGCCGCAGUGCGCUCCGGCGCACUCUUCUGAAGCUCAGGCGCUAUACAGGAGCAGACUACGUCCUGGGGCCACUCUGCGGGAGCUUGGAUACGAUUCGACUAAGAGUGCUGAAAGCUCUCAUUGGAGCUCCAGUCGAGCGACCCUUGGUCAAGUUCACAAAACAGAGAGAAAGGCAGCAUCUGUAUGGCCCGGAGUGUGCUUGUCAUUCAGACUGUCUCCCUGAAUGGACUAUUACAGUUACUAUAGGGUCAGAAAGUGGUCAGACAGACACCAGGGGAUAA